AUUUUCUAGCAACACCCUGUGUCCCAACGAGUCAGCUGUGCGCUAUCAGCUGCUGCCAGCUAAACAUCCGCAAGCAGUUAAAAAUCAACGCAAGCCUUUUUAAUUUGGUAAAAACAUGCAAUUAGCCAUAAAACUUUACGUGUGCAUAAGGAAGGAUAUUUUCUCAAGAUAUAAGUUAAAAAGUAGGCGAAUGCAAUUUUCGCACAACAGUCGGUAACUGACAUCCAGGCAAGCAAGACUCUUGAAAGCAAUUUCUGCGGCUAACGCACUUGACGGAUUUUACACACAUAUUUAAUAUUGUCGUGCGCCGGAAAAGCAACUAGUGGCGAUUGUGCAUAGAACGCCAUGUCUGUGUAUGCGUGGGGGGCAAAUUCGCACGGACAGCUUAGCCUUGGCUUUGAAUCGGAGUUAUGCAUGUCACCACAACUUGUUCGUGAGUACACGUUUAAUCCGAAUAGUGUCCGCCGCAUACGUGGAGGUGGCGGUCAUGUACUUGUGCUGGAUGCAAAUGGGCGCAUACACGCAUGUGGCUGGAAUGGUCGCGGUCAGUUGGGAUUAAACUCAACCGAGGAGUGCUUUAAUACAUUUCAAACUAUACCAGGCGAAUAUUUUGGGGAUGUGCCGGUCGAGAGCAUCUCAUGUGGUUGGGAUAUAUCUGGCUGCAUAACAGUAACAAAAAAGUUGUAUGUUUGGGGUUCGAAUUCUUUUCAACAGUUAGGUCUGUGUCAACGUGAAUUCAAUGCAGUAAGACGUCCACUAGCUGUCAUACUACCACGCAACGAUACACCAGCACGCAUAAGUUUCGGACUACGUCACUGUGCUAUACUUACAGCCGACCAUAAGGUUUAUGUCUUCGGUCGUCUACGUAUAGGUGAUGAACCACCUUCAGACUUGUGUAUAACAUCGACAACGCUCAAUUGUGCACCUGUUAUAAAAAUUCAAGCCAGCGAACCUAGUGAACUACGCAUUAUAGGCGUUGUAAGUGGACAAAAUCACAUUUUACUUAAAGUGAUUGAUUUGGAAUAUGGUGACAGUGCUAAGCGUGUUAUUGCAUUAGGUGACAAUAAAUUUGGGCAAGCAAAUUCAUUUCAAUUUGAUGAAGAAAUUAAACAAAUCGCUACCGGUUGGACGCAUAAUGCAGUAACAUUAAAAGAUAAUAGAAUACUCACCUGGGGACGUAAUUGUUACGGACAAUUGGGGAUCGGUAGUGUAACGCAAAAUCAAGCAACGCCACAGGAAUUGGAUUUGCCCAGUUCGAUUAUAGAAUCACGUUUACACUUAGGCUCUGAACAUGGUCUUUUACGUAGCACGAAUGGUGAAGUGUACACAUGGGGUUGGAAUGAACAUGGUAACUGCGGUAAUGAUGGCACGGAAAACCUAUGCUCACCUACGCGAAUUCAACUCCCCGGACCUUGCAAAAUCGCUGGUACUGGCGCCGGAUUUUGCUAUGCAAUUUGUGAAGUGCCUACCGAACGAAGCACUUAAAAAUAUUACGUCCUUUUGCAUUUGUGUGCACCUCAAAUAUAAAAUCCCUUUUCGUAAAUAUUUUGUGAUAAAAUAAAAUAUAAUAAUUGCAACUAUUACUAA